AUGGAACUUUUUAACCAGUCUUCUACCAGAUUUAUACUUCUCAGUUUUUCCGAUAUUCCAUACUUGAAGGUCCCUGGUUUUAUUACCUUCUUGAUAAUGUACGUCAUAUCAUUGUUAGCAAACCUUCUACUGAUAAUUGUGGUGAGGAUUAGUCCAAAGCUCCACACUCCCAUGUAUUUCUUUCUCAUAAAUCUCUCCUUUAUUGACAUUUGCUUGUCUACCACUGUAAUCCCUAAAAUCCUACAGAACACAUUGGCCAAAGACCAGAGCAUCUCUCUACUAGAAUGUGCUGUCCAGAUGCACUUUCAUUUGGCUUUUGGGUCUACAGAGUGUUUCAUACUUGUAGUCAUGUCCUAUGAUAGAUUUGCUGCCAUCUGUAGACCCCUUCACUACAACACUAUUAUGAGCCAGAAGAUGUGCAUCAAUCUGGCUGCUGCGUCAUGGAUCUCAAGCUUUAUCAACUCUAUUUUACAAGUAUUCUAUACCUUCCAGAUGUCCUUCUGCCAUACCCACCAUGUCAAUCAUUUCUUUUGUGAGGUACCCGCAUUUUUACAAAUAUCCUGCAGUGAUACUUGGCUACAUGAGUUGUCAAGUUGUAUUGCAGCAGGCAUAAUAGUUAGUCUAUCCUUUCUAUUGAUUCUGAUUUCAUAUAUUCAUAUUCUGUCCACCAUCUUAAAGAUCAGGUCUUCUCGUGGAAGGUACAAAGCUCUCUCCACAUGUGCCUCCCACAUCAUUGUGGUGACAUUCUACUAUGGGACCAUCAUGAGUCUGUAUUUACGUCCACGUUCAAGUUCCUCCCCUGACAUAGACAAAUCCAUCUCCAUCCUUUACUCAACCAUGACACCCAUGCUGAACCCCAUCAUCUACAGUGUCCGAAAUAAAGAUGUCAAAGAUGCUAUAAGAAAGAUUUGA